AUGCCAAUCAAAUGGUUGUUAAGUGAUCAUCUGAUCCGUCGGUCCAUCUGCGUGUCUGUCGUCUUCCGGCAGAGUCCGGCUGCAGGGCUGAUCGUCGCGCCGGCGGAGCGCCUGGCAAUCUGCCCGUCCGACCGGGCCGCCGUCCCCGUUGCCCGCCUCGGCGUCUCUCCCUCGUGCCGCUCGGCCUCGCCAGUCGCGUUGUCAUCGCGUCUCCAUUCUACGCAUUCCUCCGCGACAUGGUCGUGCCAACGAGUCGUCGUGUCAACUGACCCGGCAGUGACCAGGGCCUCCUGCAUCCGUUGCGGUGCCCGUCUUGCCGCGCCGCCAAGGCACGUCAAGCCUCGCCACGUGUGUGCUGCCGCCUCGUGUCUCGCUCUGUCCCUCUGGCCGCCCUUUUUGUCGCCACGACGACACCCCUCGCCGACCCCCUCCUCUGGCCGAAGGUAUGCCUCAGCCACAGCUUCAGCACAAUCAAUCCAACAUGCCUCCUGUCCCCCUUUUGACGCGACGGCUGAUUCACCCUCUUUGCCCCCGUUUCAUUGUGUGACUAUCCAUUCUCUCUUUUCCGGCUUGGCUCACUUCUCGCUCUGUCCGUCCAUCCGCCCAUUUGUCUGUUUGAGUUGUGGACACCAGACUUCCAUUUUCCUCUCGUUCACUCCAUCGGGGAGCAGACCAACCAGCUGGAUUAUUGGCUUUGCCAAGGCGACUGGCCCUCCCGACGAGAGGCCGGUUACUUGUUUGGACAAACAUCUUCGCCACACCCAUCGACUUCAACUCGUGGACGACUGGACGACUGGACGACUGGACGCCAGACAGUCAGACACCAUUCUCGAGCAAACGGUAGCCCAGUCGUCUGAGGCUGUGGGCCCGGCCGACUCGACAUGCUCCGGCCCAACUGACUCGUCUCAAUUGGUCGCCGUGGUGACAGAGUCCAGCUGUAGCGAGGUCGAGUUGCCAGCAGGAGGGCAGGCAGUAGAGAAGGCGACAGACUUUCCGGCCGCGUCGACACGAACUCUUCCCAAGGCGACGACACCGCCGCAGGACUUGUUCGUUUGCCUCGCCGGCCACGUGACCGUGCCAGAGGUGUGCUCCUCCCUUUACUCCACCUCGACGGUCGACAGUCUUCCGGCCUUUGAAAGGGCCUCCUCUGACUUUUCUCGCUGCAGCCCCUUUUCGUACAUAUCAAAUCAGCCCGCCAGCCCUCGUGGCAACGUCUCCACCGGCUCGUAUUUCGCCUCCUCCCAGAGCCCGCCCAACACAUCCUCGUCCGGCCAGGAGCCGCCGGCCUCCUGCCCGUUCCUGUUGUCUUUCGCGCCCCAGCCUCUGCCCAUCGCCAGCCGGCGCGCUCACUUCUCGGCCAGCCUCUCGUGGCGUCGCCGUCGCCGUCGGCAACGCCGCCACUCGACUCCGGCUUCGUCGACUCGCACGCCCUGGCUCCGGCCCUCCGGCUCUUUCGACUCCUCCUCCGGCUCGCCCGUCAGUCGCAGUCUCUCGCAGACCCACGAUCGCAACCGACGAGCCGACGGCUCGACAGCUCGUGCUCGGCGCCCUCUGCCCCCACCCCCUCGACUUCCAUCUUCCUCUCGGACGCCCGGCAACCCGACGUCGACAUCCUCCGGUUGUAGUAGCCCGUCUCCGCCCUCUUCCGUCAAACGGAGCCGACGCGAAAGGGACGCACUGUCAACCAACACCGGUCGACUCGAGCAGGCCGAGCUCGAGACCGUCUCGCUGAGGGGUCAUCGGCGUAAACCGGUCUCGCGGGAAACCAUGAGUGGCCUCUGUGACUGCGCCUCGUCGGUCACGAUGGAGCCGGCUCUGUCGGAAAAUGUACCCGCCGACCAUCCCAUGUCGCCGACGGAGAACGGCACCUCGGCCUGCAAGCCGGUUGAGGCCAGCCCCGGUCCGGGACCUUUGUCCACCGGGGCCUCGGCAACUCAAAGCCUUGGCUCCGACGCCUGCCCCUACCAACCGGUUGACCUGGCCAGUCUGUUGGCAAGUCUGCGUCAUGAGUUGGCCAAUCAGAAACAGCAGAAUGCCUGGCUCGAGGCCGAGUUGGCUCGAGUCAAGACUGUACUUCGCGAACGAGAACGCGAUGUCGACCAACUGCGAUCUGUGCUGGAUCAGAAGGUGCCGACGGCGCCAACACAGACGCCCACAGUCACCGGCAUGCCGGCCGUCACGGAAAUGGAGGGCGAGACUGCGACACUUACGGCUAUGCCAACCACGUCUUCCCUGGCCUCCACCGCCAGUUUCAAUGUUGCCUCGAUGCUACAGCAGUCCGAGACCGGCUUUCUCGUCCCUUCCGUCCCAGUGUUGGGCCCUGGAUUAAUGAAUUUAAGCGCUCAACUGUCACAGACACACUUUUUGCUACCGGAGAAGCCGCAACAACUGCCUCCAGUUGCUAGGAUCAAGAAACAAGGCGUCUCCGGCGAGAGUACAGCCAAGGAUCGGUCGACCGGGCUUGUGCGUCAUGACAAAGAUGAAUGGUGUGUUACA